AUGGCGCAAAUUGCUAAUCAACCUAGUGGGAUAGAUAUGGCGCAAAUUGCUAAUCAACCUAGUGGGAUAAAUAUGGCGCAAAUUGCUAAUCAACCUAGUGGGAUAGAUAUGGCGCAAAUUGCUAAUCAACCUAGUGGGAUAAAUAUGGCGCAAAUUGCUAAUCAACCUAGUGGGAUAGAUAUGGCGCAAAUUGCUAAUCAACCUAGUGGGAUAGAUAUGGCGCAAAUUGCUAAUCAAUAA